CUCUUAAUGGCAAUGCAAGACAGUGAUUUCACGGACACGGAUGUUUCGAAUAUGGGAAGUGAUGAAGAACCGCCUAGUGAUUCGGUUUUAGAUAAAGUGGUCAUAUCAUAUGAAGUCAAUGCAAUUAAAUAUCUUAUAAAGACUGGAAAGGUAGAAGUCUUGCAAAUUCUUAAGUCUGUUUUGUUCACAUGUUUAGUUGAUUUUACAAAUUUGUUAAAAUGUUUUUCAUUUUCCACCUUAAUCGCUGCUAUUACUCCUACUAGUACUACCACCACUACCACUUCAGCUAGUGAAGGGAUACGACAAACCGGGCAGUGGCGAUGUUAUUUCGAUGGACCCCUUUCACAAAAAAAACUUUGAUGUGGUAUAUUUUCUCGAAAGAAAACCCUUCAUUCAAUCAGUUGACAAUUUUACAAAAUGAGAUACAAGCAAGUUUAAGCAAGACAGGAAUCACAUCGGGUGGUGAAUUAGGAUAUAAUGUGGGAAUACCUCUAAUAAUAGAAGAGACCGUUAGGACAAUGAAAAUUGACGAAGUUUGUCUAGUCUUAUGUGAUAAUGAAAGAAACUGGAUAGAUGGUUGCGAAGAUACCCGUAGUACUGGUGAAUCACAAAAGCGUUACGAAUUUUUUCGUCAGGAGAACAGAAAAAAAAAACAUUUAUUAAAAAAAUUACAUAACAAUGAUGAAGAAAGGCUUGGACACUGUGUCGCUUUCGCUCUUCAUUUACAAAAAUUUUCAAAGCGUUUUGGUAAAUGGGUGGUUGAAUCCGUUGACUCGAUUGUUGUUUUUAUUGUGUUAGCGCUAAACGAGAAAAGAACCAUUCUUAUGGAAACUGUAGUAGAUGCGUUUCCUGGAGCCGUGGCACCGAAAAUAUAUGAUACAAUUCAUUAUUCCUGGCACACACUGGAUCAAAAAGCUUUUGUUGAGCCUUCAUGGCAUCAUUCUUUAACAAAAUUAUGUGAAGACCCUGUCUUACCUAAUGAAAAAAUUCGACAGGCUCUUUUAUGUAUGAAAGUUGGUCAAACAUGCAACAUUCUCUUAAGGGACGUGAAUGCUCAAGAAACGUGUACCAUUCGUGUUCGACUCGAUCACGUUUUUUCUUAUGAUCUUCUUUUCUGUGAAGGUAAACGAGAACAAACAAAAUGCAAGGAAAUAAACAAAAAAAAAAAACAUCAAAUAGAUCCUUGGAAUCUUUCAUCGUAUGGUACGCAUCAGUUAAGAUGUCAGGAAUUUGUUCCAUGUCAAAAAGGGCUAAAAAAACAACUUCUUGUUGAGGAGGGGUGCAGGGUUGUAGCGUUAUUGUCGCUUAGAUCAGCGCACGAAGAAUGUUUUGGUCCUUUUCAUUUUCUAGAUGAUGUCACUGGAAAAUGUUUAAAAGCCUCCUUAGUGUCGUGGACGCUUGGCUCCAACUCUGUACCAUACUGGAUGGAUACCAUUGUUUUAACUAUGAAACCACGUUGUCGCGUACGUGUCAUGUUAGAAGACCAAUCGUUAAUGUUAUCAGAGGCUGCCGUUAUACCAUCUCUAUGGAAUACAUUUUCGGAAACCACUCUAUUCAAAAAUUAUGCCUGGACGCAAUUCAAUCAAAAAGAUGUACAAGAAAUUUUACAAUGGAAUGAGAUAUAUGUUUCGCGUGAAAACUGUUUAGAAGACUCCAUUGAAACGUGGUUGAAUGUUGCAUUAGCCAAGGAAAACCUUAAUGUGACUCAUCUUUUUCAAUCAAAACAGAAAACGUUGUCGCAAAUUCUGCAUCAGUUAGAUAUAACAGAAAACAUUGAAAAAUUUCAUAACAAUCAAUGGAUUCUGAAAAAUGGUGGCUCUAAACAAAUUCAAUAUUUAUCCGCAUGGUUAUGUCAAACUAAAAAUCUCGCCAAAUGGACAACUUGCGACUCUUUCUUAAAAAAAAAUUCUAAUGUUGAUUGUUUUUUAGAUAUACAACUAAUAGAAAUUCUUGACAGACAACCUAAACAAUGGACAUUAAAUGAAAGCCACCGUUUAAUUUGGGGAACGGUCUAUAAGCUUUUUGCAAAUUAUUUACUUCAGAACCAAUACUUUAACCUUGCUUUGAAAUACUAUAAAAAAGGCCUUCAGAGUAUUCGCUUUUCCCCUCUUCUUGACAGCCUUGAAUAUUGUGAUACGGCUCAACAAGAAAUUUUUCCAAAGCCUAACAUAACAAGGCAAGAUGUCUACACUGUUUCCUUAGAACCUAUCGAAGAGCUCUACCAGUGUAUUAUGUGCAACAUCAUUCAACUUUAUUUAUCUUCAAAGCGUUGGAUAGAUGUCAUUCAAGCAUCGAAAAAAUUUUUUCAGAUUAAAAAAAUAUCCAAGCCAAUGUAUAUCAAAGCACUUCAUCGUCUUAGUUUAGCGUAUUUUCAUUUACAGAACUAUACUGAAAGUCGUAGUAUAUUACAGCAAUGUUGUUCAUUAGACCCAAAAAACGAGAAACUCAAAAAACUCCUUAACAAAAUCAAUGUAGCGAUACGCGAUUCAAUGCAACGGGAAAAACAUCUUUUCAAAAAUAUUUUUAUGAAGGAAAAUCAGAGAAAUUCAUUGAUUUCAAUAAAGAACGACACGUUGUUUUGAGAUAAAGAGAAAAAAAUAUUCUCUCACUAGAGCUUUUUGUGUCAUACAAGAAACUUGUUGGAUUUAUAAUGGAUGUGAGAUGACUUUAUAAAAGCUUACUAGUAAAUCGCCGGGUACAAAUGUUUGCAGUGCUAUGGUCAAAUGAGAAGGGCAUUCUAGCAAAAAGAGAAAGCUUCCUAUGAUUUCAUUAACAAAUUUAUUUUUUUUAAAUGAGUGCGAAAAAAAAUGAUUUUUUAAAAUUGUUUUUCUAUGACACUUUAGGAAAUAAAAAUUUUCAUAUUGUUAUAAUUUUCAUAAAAUUGGUGAAAUGAGCUAGAAAAGUAUCUGUUGAACAGAACAAUUUAUUUAAAGUACUCCUUUACUAAAAAUAAAGAAUUGAAUUUUACAAAAUUUUUUAUAUACUUGUUGAAAAAAAUCGUAUUAUGAGUGGUGUAGGUAAAUAUUUAGCUGCGUCGAAGGGGAAAGGAAAUGUGAAAGCAUCGGUGAAUACAGCGUUGAAAACAAUGUUCGCUUUGGAAGAACCGUUAGAAUCCGAUGUUAUAGAGUUAGUAGGUUGUAACAAGACUGAAAUCGUUGAAGAUUGGGGUGUCGAUGAUGGAGAACAUCGGGAAGUUGAAACAGGAUCCAAUCUUGUGAUUGGAAGUCAUUUAAAUUUAAUUUCAGAGGAGGAUGUCUCUCAAAAAAAAAAUCGAAAAGGUCCGAAAAAAUGGGGAGAUUUCACAGAAUCUGAUCAACAAACGUCAGCGGGUGAUACGUCACAGGCACCGAAUCAAGGAGCAUCAAAAAAAAAAGACGGUGAAGUUCACGAAAUUUAUCGUCCUCCACAAAGGAUGCGAGAAAACAAAAUUGAUGUGGGAUCCCAUCAGGUUUUUCCUGAACUUGAUUUUGUUCAAAAUACGUUAACGUCCUCCGCUCCUGUAACACAAGUGCUAGCAAAAAAUAAAAAGACAGGAAAAGAAGAACGUUCAAAUCAGAACGCGACACAGCCCAAGGAUGUGAGUCUUUCGAAUGACACGGAAUUAAAAUCCUAUAUGGUUAUUGAAGAAUUUCUUAAAGAUAUUAAAAUCCCUUCCAUUUCAGUAACGUAUGAUGAUGAAGCAUCAAAAAGCAAGUUUUUAGGUAGAAAAAAACGUCCAGUUGUCACGAAAGCUUCAUGUGGUAACUCAAUUACCGCUCAGUAAACAAUUCUAUCCAAUUUUUUUACCGAAACUUUUUUGCAUAAAGAAACCAUACCUUCUCCGUGUAUUGCAGAAUCAACCAACCAUAUUAUCAUUCUUACGAAAUUCACUGAGUAAACUCUUUACAUUGAUGCGUGUUAAAUAUUGUUUCAGUACAAAUGGCUGAUUUUUUUUUCUUACCUUUUCAUGUGAACAUUAUGUAAAUAUGACGUUCAACAUUAAAUGACAAAUUAUUUUACAAACACACGCA